GGCUACUAUACAGACAGACGUGCCAGCCAGCAUGCAAUGCAGCAACGCUGUUGGGCGCCCUUCGACCGAUAUCGACGUAGUGUACGAUCUCAAUCUCUCCCGGUUUUUUGUCUAACAGCUGAUAACGUCGCAUACCGUAUAGGCCCCCUUAAUACUAGAUUGUGUACUGCACAUGCACUGGGCCUGGGGCAGAUUACCUAAAUAAAAUUGAGUGACAAGCUUCGCGGAAUGAUCUUCUCAGUUCCUUGAAAUACCGGUAUCAUCAGUGAUUUUUUCCUGGCACCAUAUUGUACAACGUGACGAACGUACCGACCUGUGGGCGGCUGUGGCCUGUGCACGGUCACUUCAGUUCCGCGAUCCCGGUACUCGGGGGCGCGGCGAGGGGUUAGGACUUAGGUAUACUCGCGGCGAAGCCCCACGCUAGUAGUAGUACCGUACUGCGUGAGAAGUGUUAAGUUGGCCUGGAGUUUUAUCGUGAAGCUGAAGCAGCUGUCCACGAGAUUUCUGCAGUUGCGACUGACUCUACUCCUCGUUUAGCUACUCCAAAGAGAGGAGGAACUGCCACCAAAGAUAGCAGAGGUCCUUCUUUCAUGCCUCUUUGAAUUGAAUGUGGGACAACCUUUUACCUCAGCUUGUGACUCAUGGAUCAUAAUGGACUCUGCCAGAGUGUGAACCAGUCACUUUGGAAGGGGACACACAUCAGAGUAAAGUAAGUCCUUUCCAUAUCUUUUGGGCUUGUCAACAGUAAGGAGGAGAUUUUGAAUGGUUGGCGAUAAUUUUUUUCUGCAAAUACAGUAGAACUUAUAUGUGAAUGAUGAAGACUGUCGACCAAUGUGACUAUUGCAUCAAUCUUCAUGUGAUAUCAGGAAGGAAAGCUUUCAGUCGGAUUAGUGGUGGCCCACAUGAUCACUUAUCAGAAUGCAGUGAAUGUGUGAAUGUUGGUGCAGCCCAAAUUGUAAAGUUUGUAUUAUGGCAGUAUCGUCAAAUGAUUUAUUUGGACCAUCAUCUGUAGGUGUUGUGUGUGAUCUGUGUACUUUCAGAAUGCAGUCUUAUGCUGACUUAUUUCUUUUAACGAGGGACAUUCGGCCUGUAAAUACAGAAGGAGUCUCAUUGAUUGGAGAGUCUUAUUCAAAGUGCAGAGAUACUUUAAUAGCCAGGACAAAAGGCUUGGCAAUAGCAGCGAGGGAAGUGCGGGCACAGCUUGUAAUGGGGCGCCUUAAGGAAGCUGCAAAUGCAAUGAAGCAGUUAUCAGACCUUGUAGUUCAUAUUACUGAAUGUUCCAGUCAUGCUGCUUAUCUUGCUGCAAUUAAUGAUCCUGGGUCAAAGCAGGCAGUACCAGGAAUCAUUGAUCGCUACAAGAUCUCAUGUGCCAAGCUCAACAUUGAGCAUGCUUGCAUGACUCUCCAACACACACCGCUCGUUGAACUUUCCCCAUCUGAUAUUGUAGACCUGUCAGCCGACGUUGCCAGGGAGCUUGGGAUAUUGACCAGUGCCAGCUUACUUGCCAGUGAAGCCAGUGAUGAUGUCUUUCACAAAGAGCAGUUUAAGCUGUCCAUGAAGAGUGUUACAGCAUGCACUAGCUCCCUGCUGGCAAGUAUCAAGCGCUACAAGGUGACGCUCGACGAAAGAAGCCGAACACGCUGCAUCACAUUCUGCAAACCUCUUGUGCAAUCUUGUCAGGCAUUUGUUGAUUAUGCCAGCGAACCUGAACAUUUAGGAACCGUAGCAGACAUCUCAGAGAAUGGAAAGCAAGUACAGACUGCAAUAUUAGGUGGAGGUAUGAGUGUUGCCAGUUCAUGUAUACAGUUGUGUCAUUGUACUAGAGCUGCAGCCUUUGAUUAUAACAAUCCUGAUCUCAUUCAGAGACUAACUGUUUGUUGUACUGCAGUUAUGGAUGGUGCCACCCUACUUGCUCAAGCCCUCCGUGACAGAUCAUCCCCACGAACGAUACCCCCAUCUGCUUCUUGCCCCCAUUUAAAUCAUGCCGAGUAGGCUCAUACCCCGUUUAGAUCUACUAAAACAUGUGGGGUAACCUGGCAGGUUACCUUGCGUCCUCAGUUGUACGCUCUCCUCUCGUUACAAAGGUCAAAGCAUGAGGUAAAUGCAGGGUAAAAGUUAUAGUUGGCCUAGCAUGACACAUCAUAACUUCUUUUAUUCUAUGAGAUCCCUUGUUUGGGCAUAUAUUUAAGGGGUUGCAGAAUAGAAAAUGGAGGUCUUAUGAUUGAUGUGUGCCAUACAGUGGCUGUAAUAAAGAUAGAAUUACAUGAUAGUUCUAAGGAGAAAUAGAUAUUUGAAAGUAUUCAAACAAAGAAUACAAUAGAGGUGAUAGAAAAUAAAGGGAAGGAGAAAACGAAGGAAAUAAUGGAUUAUAGAAGGGAAGAUGAAAGGAUUAGAAAAAGAAAUACAGAAUGGUCAAUAGAAAAUUUAUUAAAGGAGAAUAAGAGGGAGAAUUGCAUAAAUAUAGAGGGGAAAAAAAAGGGAACAGAAAUAAAUCAUUUACAUAGAAGUAAAGACUGAGGAAAAGAUUAAUAAAAAAAUGCAUAAGAAUUGGUAGAUGGUGUGUUUUCCGCUUACUUGAUGUUGAUAAGGACUUUCAUCCUGCUUUUGCCUGAGACGGUUAUCUGGUGUGAUACAGAGUGAUGUUUAUAGAUCCAAACGGGGUGUAGAUGAUUCUUUAUCACAGGUUAAUCCAUAUUCCUAAUGUGAAAAUGAUUAUUUCAUUAACUUGCCACAAAUGUGCUAAUUCCUAAAGAGCAAAAAAAAAGAGCUUGUACAUUUAUAGUUAAUAUGAUGUUAUCAAUAUUUCUAUGCAAAGUUUUAAAAACAGUUUUGAAAUCCACCAUUUGUUGUGUUAGUGCAUGUUUAUUGACUACACUUCCAAACAUACUUCCAGUAGAUGGAAUAAGCAUCUUGUAGAAAUCAAUUGUUUUAUGUGAGCUGUUUUAGAUUUGAUAUACAAUAUUGUAAAAAUUAAUUUCUUUAAUAAAGAAAUGAUUUUGUCAAGUGAGACAGUAUUAUGCAGAUCACAUUCGUGGCAAAAUUGUGUUUGCUUAUGUAGUUUACAAUUUUACAUGCUGACCUCAAAAUAAUAAAAAAUAUAUAUUUUAUGGUUUUUGCUGUUCUUGAUGGUACCUGUACAUAACUGACCCUUCACAGAAUUUACUAUACAGAUUUCAUAGGGCUUCUUGUGUUAUCAAUGUGCUUUCCAGAAAUAACAACACUGCCUGUCGUACAUGUAUACAUGUAUGUGUGCAUGUACAUGUAGGAACACAAGAUUGUUUAAAAUCAGUAGUCUUCACUGCUAAUUUUAUGUUUGUAUUUAAGUACGAAUAUGUAUGAUUGCCUACAACUACUGUACAUGUACUAUACAGUUUGUACCAUUUUGAUCACGCUCUCAAGGGUUCGAUCCUGUACAAUUUUGGAUCUCUUCAUGACUGUCCUGAAGACUCCCAUUUGAGUCAUUCAGGCAUCAUUUCUCAAGACCCUUUAAUAGUAGUUGAAUUCCAGUUCCAAAACCCCCAUUUUGAGAGAGUUGGCUACAUGUAGUUCUCAAUCCCCCCAGUUAACAAAAACAACUUCAAAUUUAUUAGUAUUGUUAAGAAUUUUGGACCCCACCUACAAGUACAUGUACUGUACCUACCCUUUAAUUGUGAAUGGAUUCAAGACCACAUAUAACUUGUAUUUAAAACAUAUCUUAUUACUAUUUGUUCAAGUCUAAUUAGAGGGCACUAAUGCCAAUCAAUAGGGUAUCCACACCCAUUGCGUAUAAUGUAGGCUUUGAUUGAUUAAACCCUGCAAUAUACCACUCCCAUACGUAGUUCAAAUUUGAAUGAAACUUUUGUGAGAAAGAUGAAUUAGAAGGUUUUACUCUCAGAUAAAAAUUGAUAAAGCAUGAAUUGUCCAGCUGUCAUCACUUUUUUGGGGGGAAUUGCUGGAUUGGUUAAAACUUUACCUGAAUCCAAUCGCAUUGUACAGAUUCUGGUGUUCAGAAUCCAUGGGUCUAGCAUACAUCAUAGGUAGAAUGUUAAUUCCAUGGGUACUGUUUUUGGCUGGAAACUACUGUACAUGUUUAUAUAUGUAUGGUACAACUAUACAUCCAUGUACAUGAUUUCAAUUACUAUAUUUUCAAGAUGAAUUUGUACAGUACUUACAUUGUUUCUUCCUUCAUGUCAGAUGGUUAUCCCUUUGUCAAUUACGCAAAUGAUCAAACAUAAGGUUCUUUUAUUUUAAUUUUGUGGAAGGAACUACAGGAUGAAAAACACUGUAGCCAUGGUAUCAGUACUAUACUCUUGCCCUUUUUGCCUUUCAUGCUUUUCAUGUUUUGGCAGAAUAAAACUGAAAAAUUUGGUCAACUCUUUGUUUCUCAGAUAACUUCUAGGUGUUGAAAGUAGCAAUGUUCUCAGUUUCUGAAAUUUAAUUUCUAUGCACGAUACAUUAUAUUGAUCAAUUCAGGAAUAAUAGCCAUCCUUAUUUGAUCAUCGGCAACAUACAUUUCUUUCUUUCAUAUUUUCAGUUUCCUCUUAAAGGAAAACAAAACCUGUGGAACAAGAUACAUGUAUCUUGUGCAAACUCGGAAAAAAUCAAAGAAACAGAUCAACAAAAGUUUGAG